AUGUUAAGAGCCGUGUAUCUAAGUGUAAACAAAUUUAUUCAAUUAUCAGAUAUUCUACAGGAAAAAAAUCGUAUUGGUGGCGAAAGCAAACCUAAAUGGCAAUGCAAGAACAAAAGCUGUAAAAUGUCGAAUGAGAGUGGCAUCAACAUCUGCUUGCAUUGUUAUAGUAAUCAAGCUGGUAAAAUUGUUCAAGGUCUUUCAGUCAUUCCUGUCUUAGGAUUACCUUUCUCUAUAACACAUGCCGUACUGGAAACUGGUCGAGCAGCUCAUACAAAAGAAUGCCACGACAAAGUCAGUGCUGGAACGGCAAUCGCUUUUGCUGGACUGGAUAUUGCUUUAACGCCGGUUUUCGUCGGUUCUCUCAUAAAAAUUCCUUCAAUAGCAGCCGCUAAGACGGGGGUAGCAUUGACCAGUAAAACUAUCUUUACGCAAACGGGCAAAGUAGCUGCUACGGAAACAAUAAAGAAAGUAACAAUUGCAAGUGGAGGAAAAAUGGUUGGUGCAGAUUUCUCGGAUAGACUGGUCAAAGCCACAAAGAAGCCAGAGAGAAAAGCUGAGACUUAA